AUGUGCUCCAAGAUCUUCACCACGUUCAAGUGCUCGCACCAGUCCAGCAUGACGGCUUCUGCCCCGAAUGCCAACGGGCCGGCCGUUGAUCCUAGCUUGGCUGCCGUCCGUCUGGUGCCGCCCUUUCAUAUCUCGAGGUCACUCGCCGGCAUUCCAAAGGUCACUCCCGUGGCCAGUUCAAGCAGUCUGCAGUCGGCAUCGGGAAACUGUCGGGGGCCAAUCCUACGCUUGGGAGUUCGUGGGUCGGGGUCAAAAUCCCAUGAUACGAAGAAACCCGUCGACGUCGCCGAGAUGGACGACCGAAACCAGUUCGAAUGUUUCGGGGUUUCCAGACAACGGGAGACAUGGAUGGGAUCCGGCACUGUGUCGACAGGAUCGGCACCAGCGGGAAGAGACAACCUGUUUGACAAUCUUGUCAAGUUGUCGGACGUCUCGGAGCAUUUAGAAACAUGGGAGGGCCAUCGAGGCUUCGGCACCUCAGAUCUCCCUGUUAUCGCCACAGAACAACAUUUUCGCUGGAGGCAAGGGGAACAAAAAACCCCUGGGGAGGCUGUGGAUACUACACGCGCAUUGCAGUCUCGUCAUGUGAUAAGACGCUGCGGCGAGGAUUUUCUGCAGCAAGCAAGCAGAGAAGCCUGCAGCCGAAGGAUCCAAAGGCGGGAGACUGAGAUGUAUCGCCCGUCCGUCUCUCUGCAGGUUUUGCGCCGAUUUCAACCCAGAAAAAUGUCACGUCGGCUAGGAGGUCUCCACCACCCACGCAUGGCACGCAUGUCACGCAUGCUUUUUGCAACCACUACGGUUGGUUGUUGUUACACCCCCGCGGCACGAUGUUGUCCUGCUACCGUUGUGUGGGACUUUCGAUUGCAUCUGGCGAGCAGCGAGGGCUGCUCUGGAUGUACGAUGGCAUCUCCCAACGGUGCCCUGCAGACGGGAGAGCGCAUGAACAAGUGCUACGGCGAUGGCACAGGAGCUUCCUUUUGGAAUGCGGUGUCCAAGGCACAGGUCACGCCCAUACAUGUACUCACUUUCUCUCAGCCGAGAUGGGGGAGCCAGCCAACGGCGUCUAAGAGAAACAGAGAAGGGGGGAAGAUCCCGCCCCUCGACUGGAACAGGCGACCAGGAAAGCAGUUUCUCAAAUCAGGUUUGGCGUUCACCACUAUCAACGCUAUCACCAUCACCAUCACCAUCACCACCGCCGCCACCACCAUCAUCAUAAUCAUCAUCACGCGGCACGGCCAUCGAUCACGCACGAGUCGGUGA